CUUUUUUCCGCUCUUCAUCCUCUCAUCGCCUCAGCCGUUCAUCAUCUUCACCUUCAUCAUCAUCUUCAUCCUCCCGCUGGUCGCCACCAUGUCUGCGCGCGAGCGGCCGAACCCGAACAAACUCCACCUGUGAGCGGCGGUCCCAGACACGCACACAAAAGGCCCCGCCCCCUUCCAGCCCGAGACGUGAGGGAGUGAGUGUUGCUUAACGGCAGUGAUGGAAAACGCCACAGAGGAGCAACAAGAUGGGGGAGGAGCCAACGCUGAGACAAAUGAAGAGGCGGGGCUUACGGAAGGGAAAACACACAGCGUCCUCAAAGUAGCGGUCAGCGGUGCAACGGAGGCAGCGAGCCACGAACAGAAGCUACAGAAUGGUGACCAAGGUGAAGGAGGAGGAAACGAGGGAGCUGAAGGAGGAGGAGACCUGUCACCCAUCAACGCCAUGAUGUCAGCAGUGAUGUCAGCAACUGGGACCAUCAACGGAGGAGGAGGAGAGGGAGGAGGGAGUGGAGCCACCUCAGGCCACUCCUCCUCUGCUGCACCCUCCCCCAGCCCCUCCCCCAACAAGACUGCAGCCAUGAGAGCACCGCCAACCCGCAACACACGACGAAACCAGGACACCAAAGACGACGGUUCCUCUUACAUCUGUCCUCUGUGUGAUAAGAACUGUCAAACGCAACACCAGCUCACCAUGCACAUCCGACAGCACAACGCCGAUGCCGGCGCCACGGACCAUUCGUGCAGCAUCUGUGGGAAGUGUCUAAGCUCCGCCUCCUCGUUGGACAGGCACAUGCUGGUCCACAGCGGGGAACGACCGUACAAAUGCUCCAUCUGUGGACAGACCUUCACUACCAACGGCAACAUGCACAGGCAUAUGAAGAUCCACGAGAAGGACCCGGCCAGCAGCCUGCUUCCCAUCAGCCCCCCGUCCCCGACCAAACGCCGCCGUCCGUCCUUUAAGAGGAGGCAGGGCCUGGAGGAGGAGAACGGCGAGGAGCCGCCCACAAAGAAGAUGGCAGAGGACAGCGCACUGGAGGAGGUGGCAGCGGUACCGGUGGCGGCGGUUCAGGGAUCAGAGGAGGAGCUGCUGCAGUGUCCCAUUUGCUUCACCACCUGCAGCUCCAGACUGGAGCUGGAUGCUCACAUGGACUCGCACCCGGACACGGCGCUGAGGUGUGAUCUUUGCUGUGUUUCGUUUCGAACCCACCGCGGUCUGUUGCGUCACAAUGCAGCAGUCCAUAAGCUCCUCCCCCAGGACCCCAGUGGCCGUCCGUUCAUCCAGAACAAUCCCUCCAUCCCCACCGGCUUCAAUGAUCUCGCCUUCAUCGACUUCUCCUGCAAGAAGUUUCCUCACAUCGCUCAGGUCUGGUGUGAGACAAAUCUUCGUCGCUGCAUCAGUAAGUUCCAUCAGUUCAUCUGCGAGUGCUGUGAUAAGGCGUUUCCUCUUCGCUCCGCCCUGGACAUCCAUAAAACCACCAGCCACCAAGUCCCCUCCGCCGUCGCCGACACGGAGAACGCCACCGAAGAAUGUGAGGAGAAACCAGAGGACAGAGCACCAGAAAGUGCAGCCGCAGGAGCAGAGACGGUAGAAGAUCCACCUGAGCAGAACGGUUUCCUGGAGCUGUUGGGUCUUCAUCACAUGUCCAAGGUGAAAUCCGGCCCCACUGAGGACGAGAUCCACCAGGCCCAUCUGGACAGUAUCAAGGUGAUCCACGUUGAGCCGCCCUCUUCCAGUCUACCCCAGGAAACUGCCUCAGCCUUCGUGGCCGGAGGUCUUGGGCUGAGCCUGGGUGUCGGGGAGCUGGCGGCCCUCAGCAUUCCGCUGCUGGAUGGGUCGGGCUCAGGUUCAGCCUCCCUGCAGUGUCUGUCCCAGAGAGAUGCCCUCAACUUGCUGUCCCUGCAGCCUUUCCAGGCCGGGUUCCUCCUGCAGCACGACGAGGCAGCAGCAGCUUCAUCUGGGCUGAAACCCACCGAGGGAGGUGGAGGUGGGAUCAUGGAGCUGGCAGACAUCCAGCAGAUCCUCAAAGUGGCGGCGGCAGCACCAAAUCAGAUGGGGCUGAGUCUGCCGCCUCGGGCCAAAGCUCUGGGGCUUAAUGGAGGUCAAGGUCAGAAGAGCAUGCCGACGCUGAAGCCCAAACCUCCCAUCACCCCUCGCUCCAGCCUAACAGCAACGACUCCUCCCCCACUCCAGAAUUCCCAGCAGGCCUCACUGGGCUGCAUCAGCCCCAGCCUGCCACCUCCCACGCCCACGCUCUUCAAAACGCCAUCAUCAUCAUCCUCAUCAUCAUCAGCUGGGAAUGGCGGGCAGAUGGACCCUGACUGCGUAGGCAAUGCACACAUGCCCUUGUCUGACUCCCCCCCUGCAGCCGCCACGGCUAUACAGGAGGAGCUGGGGCCUGGCUGUAGAAAGUCUGGAGGCAAAGGCGGGAAUGUCGGGCACGCCGGCUCGGCUAAAGGCUCAUAUCCCUGCCGUUUCUGUAACCAGGUGUUUGCCUUUUCGGGUGUCCUCCAGGCACACAUGCGCUUCCACCUUGGCAUCCUUCCACACCAGUGCAACAUCUGCGACUAUGUGGCUCCAGACAAAGCUACUCUGAUCCGCCACCUGCGGACUCACAGCGGGGAGCGGCCAUAUGUCUGCCGCGUCUGCCACUACCCCUUUACGGUCAAAGCAAACUGUGAGCGCCAUCUCAGGAAGAAGCACGCCAAGACCUCGAGGAAAGACAUCGAGAAAAACAUCAAGUAUAUCACCUCCACCACGUCAACAAACAUCACACCCACCAUCACCACGGCCACGAGCACCACGAGCCAGGACACAGAGACGGGCUGCAGCGGAGCCGAGACCACCUGCCGCUUCUGCAGCGAGGACCUGAAGACCUACCGGGCCCUGCAGAUCCACCUGCGCACACACAAUGGCUGCCAGAGGAAGCCCUUUGAGUGCCGGCGCUGUGGUGCUGCCUUCCUCGCCAAACGAAACUGCAUCCACCACCUGCUGAAGCAGCACCCUGAGGUCCAGGAGCGAGAGAUCGAGGAUCACAUCACCACGCUGCUGCCUGCUGUUGCACCUGCCGCCGCCACCGUUGCCUCUGUCCAUGGCACUGGUCCAGUGCGGCCGACGGCCAUGAAUGGGACUGGACAAUCGCCAGUCCAGUUACUCCAAGCGGUGAAGGUCGAAGAGCUGGCGAAUUUGGUUUAUCCUGGAUCUGCAGAACUUGACCAGCCUCUAGACUUUUCCACCAAGGGCCGUGCACCAGCAAAACAGGCGGUGUCUCCUGGGGUGAAGGUGGAGAACCUGUGCCCCAGCUUUGACCCAGACCAGCCCAUCGACCUGUCCAUUCCCAGCAAGAGGCAGAGGAGGGAGGCAGCGAGUGCCGCAGAGAAGAGGGGGAUCAAGAUGGAGCAGAGUGGCAGUUUUGUUGAACAGCAGCAGAUUCUGGCUCUGAAAAAGGCUCCAUCCACAGAGGAGAAGACGGGAAGUACUCUGCCCUGCGUGCACCCCCAUCCCCAGUCCGGAUGCUACCAGCUCACUGCAGCUACUCCUCCUCCUUCCUCCCUCCCCCACAACCAGAACAACUCUACACGAUCCCUACGGCUCAAACCGCUGCUCCCCAAACCACCCUCCUCCGCGUCUUCGCCACCUUCUGCUCCUCUGAAGGAGCUUCCUCCUCUGGCCUCCAUUGCUCAAAUCAUUCACUCAGUUUCUGGAGCUCCGGACCUCUUGAAGACCGAAACGGAGGGUGUCACCUCAAAUAAAGUGGACCUGUCUGCAGAUGUGCCAGCACCCCCUGUUGUUCCGGAGCCACAGAGCGAAGACUCAUCUGAAGGAUCAUCAAGAAAACGAUCCAAGAAGAAACUCACAGCAGCGAAGGAGAAGGCCGCUGGAAGUGGAACACAUGGUGGCAGCAUCGACCUGGAGUCGAGCGGUGAGUUUGCCAGUGUGGAGAAGAUGCUCGCCACCACGGACACCAACAAGUUCAGCAACUACCUCCAGACCGGAGCUGGAGACCUGGGCGCAAAGAGAGAUGGCGGUAAAGGAGGAGGAGGUGGUGAGGAGAAGGAGUUAGUUGCUAAGGAUGAUGGAAGGCCGGCAGUGUCCCAUUCCAAAGGGAAGAAGAAUGCUUACUCCAAUUCGGUACAGAAAAUGACGUGCCAGUACUGUCCCCGAGUGUUCCCCUGGGCCAGCUCGUUGCAGCGCCACAUGCUGACGCACACAGGACAAAAACCGUUCCCCUGUCCGAAGUGCGAUGCUUUUUUCUCCACCAAAUCCAACUGUGAGCGCCACCUGCUGAGGAAGCACGGUGUGACCAACAGAACGCUGCGACGCAACGGCGCACUCGUUAAGAAGGUGCCCGACGACAGCUCACAUGAGAGCGCAGAGAGCCAAUCGGAGACGGAGCAGAUCACACCAGAAGCCUCUGACCUCAGUGGCAGCACCGCCUCCACAGAAACCAGCUCCACCCACAAUGAAGAGCAGCGAUCCAGCCCUGAAGCACAGACUUUGGUGGAGCCAGACCCACCAAGCCCCACCCACAAUGCCAGUCAAGGUUGCAGUCCAGUUACAGACGCUACAGAGCAGCUGGAGACUGAAGCAUCAGAGACACAGGACCAGCGGGGGGCACCAGAAUCUAAGCCAACACAGGGAAAACAGACUCCACAGAACAGCAGCACUAAGGUGGAGUGUGUGGAUGACGACGACUGUCACAGCAAUAAAAGUCUCGACCUAAACUUCGCCAGAAAACUCAUCGACUUCAAGUUUUCUACAUCCUCAGGAUCCGUUCAGGAAGAGCAACCUUCAGAACCCAAGUCAUCAUCCUCGUCUUCUUCUACCUCUACGUCUGUUCCCAAGCCAGCGGCAGAGAGUCCAGAGGAGCAAAAGGAGAAGGAGAGAAUCACUGCCACCCCCGCCGACUCUUUGUCCACGAGCAGUGUGGCAAAACUGCAGCCGGAGUACAAACAUGUGUGUCGCGUUUGCAAAAAGAGCUUCCGCUACGCCACCACACUCGCUCGCCAUGAGAGGGCGCACCUCUGUGAGGAGGCACCAGCAGAGGAGAGGCCUUCAGCAAAAGAAGAGCUGGCAGAAAGUAAGGAGGCUGAUAAAGAGGAGGCGCAAAAGAAGGAGGUGGAGCCAGACGUAGAGGAAAGUGGGGUAAAGGAGGUGGAGAGUGAGGCGGGGGAGAGCAGUGAGUCCGAAGAGGAGGAGGAGAAGAAAGAGGAGCGGAGUGAUGAGGAGGGCGGAGGUUCAAUUUCAAAGAAUGAGGAGCCAUCAGGAGGAGGGCGAGUGGACAAGAGGAAGAAGAUCUGCAAUGUUUGUGGCAAACGUUUCUGGUCUCUGCAGGAUCUGACUCGACACAUGCGGUCGCACACAGGCGAGCGGCCGUACCAAUGCCAAACCUGCGAGAGGACCUUCACCCUGAAGCACAGCCUGGUCCGCCACCAACGGAUCCACCUGAAACUGCGCGGAGCUGAUGGCACUGCCGCUGCAAACGAUGACAUUAGCGAGGACGGAGACUCCUGCACCCCGACUCCGACCUCCACGUGCCCACCUUCAGAGAAUGAGAGCGAGUGUGGCGCUGUGGGAUCCAAGGAGCUGGAAGAGGCGGAACAUAAAGGAGACCACCAGAAGGAGAAGGUGGAGGAGACCAAAGACAAGAACCUGAGGGAAGCCUCUGAGGAACCCACGACGCCCUCUGGGUCCAGUCCAGGUUCAGCUUCAGAUGGACCUGACUCACCGACUGCAGACUCAUCGCAUGUGAAGCAGCAAAGCGGCGCCACCUCGAUGCCCAGCCACCAAACUAAAGACAGAAGGUCCGCCGCCGCCUUGACGGCUAGUAAGCCGACGUCGUCUUCCUCCGACUCUCCACCUGAGGAUGGAGCGGCAGCCUCCCCCGCUGAGGGCUUCAUCCAGGGUCUGCUGGAAAUCCACCACCCCAACCCCACCUUGGAACACAUCCUGCCCAACGGAGAGCCUCCUCUCGUGCGGGUAGACUGAGGGACGGCGCCCCCUGCUGUCUGCCUAAAGCGGCGUCACCACAGUGCCAAUCCACAACUUUUGAUGCAAAACCAGUCCGGACAGCCUUUAAUCGAUGAAAACCUCGUUUUCUUGAAGUGCCUUACUACUAGUUCUACUUCUAAGAGAUUUUUUUUUUUUGCGGUAUCUUGAUCCGCGUUAUUUCGGAGGAUGGAUCUAAUUUUAUAGCUUUUUAUCAUGACAAUGAUUUGCAUUAAUAUUUUUGUGCGGAGAAUCUAUAUUUCAGCAAUAAAAUAAAGUUACACUUUAUAAUUGUUAUAGGUUUUUGGGGGGGGGUUUGGAGAAAUUAUGAUCAACUUUAGGAGGCGCAGCGAGACAGAUGGCGACUUGGAGAGACUGUCCGCCAUUUCUUCUUCUAUUUAAAUCACAGACUGAUUGAACUGCUCCUCUGAUCUGGAUUUAAGAGGAAAAACCCGUCAGGGUGGCAAAAACUGUUGGUUUUUGUUUUAUUUUUUCCCUCCUCUGCCAAACAUGGCGGCUUGUGGUUACCAAAAUUCACCAGUUGUUUCCAUGUUGGAGCGGCUGUUAGUAGUUCUGGAGAUAAACUAACCCGUAGCAGCUGGUUGAGUUCACGUUGACCAGCGGGUGUCCCGGGACCUGCUGGGAGUCUCGGCUGUGUGGCGGAGGGAGCUGUUUUUUGUUUUUGUAACUGGAACCUGCAGGCGGACGCGGCGUCGUGUUGUGGGUUUGAUUGUAAGAACAUUCAGGUUUGUGUGGAAAUGAACUGACGGCGUGGCGUCCGUCUGUUGCCAUGUUUUUGUUAAAUCCUACACAGUAUGACCUUUAACCUUCUGUGAACUUUGUGUUACUUCGUUUCAUCCGUCUUCAUUCUCAGUUGACUUCCUGUGGGCAGGGUGGUCUGUGUGCCCCGCCCACUGGUCACAUGAUGGCUACAUGAUUUCCUGUGUGAUUAUCAGUGAUGUUUUGGUGUCCUGAUGGGAAUUCUUUGGUUUUGUGGAAUUUUUUUUCCCUCAGUAUCUGAACAAAUGGAAUGUUCACGUGUGCAUUCCCGCCUGUCCAGAAGACCUCCGGUGUGCUAACAUGUCGUAACGUGCUAACGUGUCGUAGCCGUGGUUCACUUUUACCUCAAACUUUUGCCUACAAACCUU